GCAGCUACAACUACAAGCACUGAUGGAAACCUUGAGCUCAACGGAACCUCAUUACAUCAGAUGUGUGAAGCCCAACAAUGCCCUUAAACCUUCAAUAUUUGAGAAUUCAAAUGUCAUUCAACAGCUUCGCUGCGGUGGUGUACUUGAGGCAAUUAGGAUCAGCUGUGCUGGAUAUCCAACUAGAAAGACAUUUUAUGAAUUCCUGCAUCGUUUUAGUGUUCUUUACCCUGAAGUUUUAGACGGGAACUCUGACGACAAAGUUGCUUGCCAGAAAAUUCUUGAUAAACUGGGUCUAAAAGGUUAUCAGAUAGGGAAAAGCAAGGUGUUCCUCAGAGCGGGGCAAAUGGCAGAACUGGAUGCAAGAAGAGCUGAAGUUCUUGGAAGA